AAAGGGAGGAAUUUAUCCCCUCUCUCUCUCCCCAUCUUUCUCUCACAUAUUUGGGGGUCAUCUCUUUCUCCUCUGCAACUCGCAUCGGUGUCUCAUUAUUGAGCAGCUGAUUCAGUUUCACAGGUCACCGCUCGUCUCCGCCGUCGCUUCUACUCAAUCUUCGCUUCUCCGAUCGGAUUUGUUUCGGCUUUGGUUUUGACGUGGCAGUUCUAUAUAUGACCAUUCAUUCUCUAAAGCUUUAAUGGACUGCAACAUGAGAUCCCCCAUGCAGUGGGACUGGGAGAACUACUUGACCAUGUGCAAAGAUCAGCAACUAUCAGUCGAGUGGGAGAUCGAAGGCAUCGAAUCAGUAUUUCCAUGUUUCUCCAGCAGCAGCAGCGACUCUGCUUCUUUGUCGCCUGGAGUUAGAACAUGUCAUAAGCUUGCAUCGGAAAGCAUUCCUGAAGAUUCUUGCAGCAUCAUAGAGUUUGGGCAGGUGAAGGCAUCAUCCCCUGCCCAAUCCUUUCUCGGUUUAAAACUCGGGAAAAAACGGACCUACCGUGACGAUUUUUGCGGUGGAAACAAUAACAACGACGUUUCACCCCUUUCCAUGAAGUUGAUUCCAUCUGUCAUGACCGAGAAAUCCAAACCGAGCGGCCCGAGCGUGCAGGUUCCCCGUUGCCAGGUUGAGGGUUGUGACAUGGAUCUCUCUUCUUCAAAGGGUUAUCAUCGCAAGCAUAGAGUUUGUGAAAGCCAUUCUAAGUACCCCAAAGUUAUUGUGGACGGCCUUGAGUGUCGAUUCUGCCAGCAGUGUAGCAGGUUUCACGUUCUCUCUGAGUUUGAUGAGAAGAAACGCAGCUGUCGUAAACGACUAUCACAUCACAAUGCUAGGCGUCGCAAACCACAAGGAACAUACCCACUGAAUCCUGCAAUAAUAUAUGAGAGGAGACAGCAGUGUACAAAUGUGUUGUCAUUCAACACAAGAUCCGAGCAAAUGUAUGCUUGGGGAGCCUCGCAAGCAAAUAGCGGUUUUACACUGAGCUUACAAAGCGCCAUCGGCUUCUCAUCAGGGAAAUCCAGCAUCAUCAGCUUCCAGCUUCCUGGCAAAGGUGGUGUAAAUGAUGCUCAAGACCACCAUGCUCUCUCUCUUCUGUCAACAACUUCAUCUGAAGCACGCUCCGACCGUCUGCCAAUCCAGCCAUGCCGAUACUGAUCCCACAUGCUUUUUCCCUUUCUCCGUUCAUAUGAUCUGUCUCUACUAAAAGACUAUUUUGAUCAGAAUAUGAACAUCCUACAAAACACUUCAAGAACCUCUUAUGCAAAUAAAUCAAAUCUCUCUUCCCAA